UAGGACCCAUUUCUGUCGAUCCCUCGGCCGACCACAAAGAGUGCGAAGCUUCUCCCAUGUCACGAAACGACAAAAAUGCCAGUCAAAGUCAAGAUGGCAACAGUUCUAGCUCUUCAACAAGCUCCCGUUUCUCCAAUCUGAACUUGAAGAUCCCAGCAAGUCUGCAAUGGAUUCCUGACAAUUGGACUUGGUCGAAUAUCAAGGUUGCAUUGAGAUGUGCAGUCGCGGCUUGGCUGUCUAUGGUUCUAUUCGUUGUACCGACCGUGGAAGUCUACGUGGGGCAGGCAUCAUUUCUUAUUCUCAUCGCCUCUAUUCUAUCUCCUCCCGGUGACCCUUUCCUGGUCGUCAUCGAGCGCGAAGUGCUCAUCGUCAUCUUUGCUACGUCAACAUGGGCGUGGUGUUGCUUGGGAAUGAAACUCGCAGAUCUGGCCCGUACGAAUCGCCAACCCGGCAUCAGCUUGGCCACUGCCAUUUCCUCAGGAGGGCAGUAUGUCGAAGCUGGGCCAACAGUUGUACUGGGAGUGUUUAUGUUCACAGGUACCGCUAUCCUCCUUUAUCUCCGGGCAAGGAAGGGUCCCGGUCCCUAUCUGUUCGCUUGUAUGCUUUCAUGUAUUUGUCUCACUAUAUCUCUUACGACCGCUGCCAUGGUGCCGUUUCCAUAUUAUCAAAUCGGUCGGGCCAUCAUCGUUCCCCUUGGAUUUCACUCUGUGAUUGCAGUGCUAUGCGCCAUCGGUAUAUUCCCUCAAACUGUCUCAGCUCAGUUCACUACGCGUCUGUAUUGUGUCUUCGCACCUCUCGUUCGAUCAAUCGAUUUGCAUAGAGAGCUGCUCAAGAUGCCCUCCACUUGUCCCGAUUUCGCGCCCACGAGCCAAUCCCUCUCAAAGGCUGUGACGAGUGCUGAGGCUGCCCUUGUUCUGCUAGCGAGUUCUGGCCGUCUUUUGCCAUCCGAUCUCAUUUACAACAGGUUUGCACCAAUGGACUACAAACCAAUUCAAGACAUUGGGAGGAGAAUGGCUGUUCGUGCUAACGGAAUGACCGUAUACUGGACCUUAAUUGACCCGUUAAGGGAAAGGUUUCCUGUAACUCCAGGUCCCUCGAGGCCAGAUACACCCGGAAUCAUGACUCCGGUUAGGUCUGGGGCAGCAUCGAUUCGACAUUCCAGAGCAUCUUCUCUAGAACGGAGCCCCGACGGAGGUUCGCAUUUGGCCGAUACUGUGACGAACCUGGACGACACCGAAGACAGGAGUACUCCAAUGUCCCCAAGCACUCCAACGAUGAGCAACCGCAAAAACAACAUUCAUUCUCAUCAUGCGCGUUUCCAAUCCCACAGUCACCACCACUCUCAUCACCAUUCUCACAGUCACCAUCAUCGAAUGCUUUUGAACGCUCUUUCACACCUCUCUCUUUCGCGGAUGAACGCCAAAGAAGGUCAUGCUGUUGGCGUGUUCGAGACCCAUCGUUAUUUGGAUCUGGAGGCUACUCACUUCUACGAUCCUCACAGCGAGUAUCACACCGAGCGAACGAAGGAACUUUUGAAAGAGAGCUGUGAUGGAUUGUUAGUGAGCUGUCGUGAGUCAUUAGUGUGGAUGCAGGAUUGGUUAUUAAAUGGUAAGAAGGGAAGGUGGAAUUUUUGGACGAGUACAGAACGCAAGGAGGAAACUUGGAAAGUAAAUUUGGAAGCCUUACAGUCACUGAGAGAUAAACAUGGAGAGCUAUUGGAAAGCUUUCUUGUGAAAGAUAGGCAUGCAGUCAUCGAACCCUGGAAAGUGAUGUUCGAAACGAAUGCUGAACCGCCCAGCUAUCGGUAUCUGUUCCACUGUUAUGUCUACCAGUAUCACUUGAUGCGUUUCUCGACCAUGAUUCUAGACCUGCUCGACGAGGUCAUCCGUUUGGAAAAGGAACGGCAUCAUUAUCGGCUAUGGACGCCAGUCAACCGAUUGUUUAAAUGGGAAGGAUGGGAAUUAUACGAUCACGCUCUCAAUCACGACGAAGAAGAUCCAGAUACAAUUCAGGGCUUAAUGUCUGGACCUACGGACGACCUUGGAUUAGCCCGUCGCAGAGACCCAGAUGCGUUACCUCCGCGAAAUUCGUUUGAAUGGGUCGUUAGCCACCUCUAUCGUUUUGUCGCCAGCCUUGGAGGUGGAAACGCAUUGUAUGCUGUGAAGGCCGGCAUUCUGACAACUAUAAUGUGUUUGCCCUCCUUCCUAAAGUCCUCUGCGCAAUUUGCCUACAACAACAGGUUUGUUUGGGCAAUCGUGAUGGCACAACUUACCUUAGCACGGUUCCGAGGCGACACUACAUUCGGUCUGGUAGCUCGUAUAAUGAGCACUUUUCUUGGCGGUAUCAUGGGUAUGGCGAUAUGGUAUAUAUCUGCUGGAUCUGGGCAGGGUAAUCCAUACGGACUAGCAGCUAUUUCUGCGGUCGUUCUUCCCUUUAUCUUCUAUCUGCGGCAGUAUUACCCAGGCCCACCGAUGACGGUACUUAUUUUCCUAGUGACUACUUUCCUUGUCGUUGGUUAUUCCUAUCAAGAUUCGCGUAUCAUCUUGCCGGGAAAUCCGGGAGUUGGUUGGGAUGUCGCAUGGCGUCGAUUCACCUUGGUCACUGUCGGAGUGACUGCCGCAUUCCUGUUCUCUUUCUUCCCCCCUUCAUACACUAUCCGAAGAUAUCAACGAGCAACACUUGCGACUACUAGUUCCGAAAUUGGUGCGAUCUAUUGUGCCAUUAUCUCGUACGCAAGCGUUAGAAAUGCAGAGGAAGACCAAAAGAUUGCCAAAAGGCUGAUAGCUAUUCGAAGUAAACUUAACCGUUCUGCUGUUCUAAAGGCAAACGUCAUAUACGAGUUCUCUUUACGGGGACGAUGGCCAGCAAAGCGCUACCACAAAGUACUGGAGUUGCAAAUGUGGGAUUGAAAUCGUUUUGCUGCCAAUUGAACUCAUCAAAAACUAGACAACUCACCUAUGCGUUAUCGAACCUACUUUCCAUCAUCGAACAUCUUGAACCUGCGUGGACUCGGGCUUUCCUUGUUCGAACAAGACUCUUUGAUCCCGAUUUUCAGGGAGAUAUGCUUGCUGUCAUCAGUAUGAUCUCUCACUCCUUACGAACCGGCAACCCAUUGCCUCAGAUAACGCCUUGUCCGCUCCUCAACCGAAUGAUGCUGAAGUAUCACGGACUCGACGUAGUUUCUCGGGACGAUGAUUAUGAUUAUGGGAUUCCACGAACGCUUACACCAGAGAUGCUAGAAAAUAAACAGUACAUGUAAGAAACGUUCCUUUGGUGCAGUUUCCAAAUCCUACUGAUUUCCCUCUAGGAUUUUUUGUGUUGGAGUUUCAAUUGCAUAUGGGAUUGUCACCCGGUUGGACAGACUAAUGCUGGCGGUGAAGGAGAUUGUGGGUGAAGAUUAUAAUAUUCGUGGUGUCGGUCUGUCUACAAGAAGUGGUGGAGUGGAACUGGGACCCCGGACAAGUACUAUUCCGUACAGGACCCCGGCUAAUGUGUAAAGAAAAUAACUUGCGGCUGUAUAUAACCUUGUGAAUAAACACCGCCACCA